GCUGAGGUAGCGAGACACAACAAACAGCAUGACGGAUACAUUAUUAUCGAUGGAGUAGUCUACGAUGUUACCAAUUUCCUCGAUCACCAUCCCGGCGGUCCGAAUAUUCUCAUGGAGCAUAUUGGGAAAGACGCUACAGUCAAGUUCGAAGACAUCGGACAUUCUCUGCUCGCUAGGUAUCAGCUUGCCGACUUGUAUGUCGGGGAGCUG